AUGACGGUGGUGAAGAAGGAGAAACAGAGUGAGAAGAAGAAGAGAGAAAGGAAAGAGAAUGCGGAAAAAGUUGUUGGUCUUGGGGCUGAAGAGCCUGUUGAUGUUGCUGCGAAUGCAGAAAAAGUUACUAGCCCAGAGAAUGUGGAUGGUGUUGGUAACCUACAAACUCCUGAAGCUGUUGCUCAAAACUCGAAAAAAGAGAAAGCUACUGAGGAAAUUCCUGUUUCAACUUCGUCUCCCAAACCUUCUGAUGUUAUGCCUGAGAACAUUGAGAAGGUUACUGUUGAGGAGCAAGGCUCAUUUUCUGGUGCUGGCAAGAAUUCUCCUAUCCACCCAGAGGAAACCCUGGGGGAUUAUUAUUAUAGAACUUAUUCAGAGAAAGAUGCCUCCGAGAUUCAUGCUCCUAUUUGGAAUCUGAAGAAAGGUGACACUUUCUCGGAUUGGCGCAUGUGCCGGGACUGGUGGCAGGGGAUCUUUCCGCCUGGGGAGAUUAAGUUUCAAGAAAGUCGGCUUCAUGAACAAACUUACCAUGCUUACCUUGAGGAGGUCGCUUCUUAUGCUUCUACCACUCAUCGCAUAGUGCGUGAGUGGCAUAGCAUGCACAAGGAGUGGGAGGCUUUCAAGGUGUCAAAGAAGAAAGUUGUUGAUGAAGAAAACCGUUUUGCCCAGUUAAAGGCUAAGCUGGAAGCCGAUCAGGCCAAGUUUGAGGCUGACCGGAAAACUGAAGAGUGGUCUGUUGCAGACAACGCUGAAAAGGUGAAUCUCCGCAAUGUUAUCAAUAAUCUCAAGGCUGAGAUUGAAAAAUUGAAGAAACAGGAUGCGGAGGUUGAAAAGUUGAAAAAGGAAAAGGCUGGUGUGGAAGCUGCGCUAGAAGAGGCGCGUUCUCAUAGGGAGCGCAGUGAACAACGAGAGGAUUUGGAGCUCGCGCAUUCCGAAAAAGCUGAAACCUCCCGCCAUUUGACUGAAAUUGAAGAGAAACUGGAGAAUUCUGAAACGGCGCGGGCCACAGCGGAAAGCGAGCUUGAACCUUUGAAAAGUGACAUGGCUUGGCUGAAGGAGCGCGGGAUUGCCUGUGUUGCUGAGUCAGUGUUGAAUUCUGAAGAGCUGGAUAAGACUGUUGCGCACUUGGUGGUUUCUGCGCGAAAUGACGGGUAUGCCCAAGGUUAUGCGGAAUGUUCACAGCAUGUGAAUAGUGCUCUGAAGGUUGACUGGGAUACCAGUAAAUCCGCCACUUAUGGUGCCAACACUGGUGUCGCCCUUGCAGCUUUAAAGACAGAAUUCGACGAUUUGCAGCUUCCUGUUAUGGACCUUAUAAAUGUUGCCUUGCAAUCUGAAGAUCAUGUGGCGCAGUUGAAGGAGAUUUUCCCUGAUGAAGAUGAAAAUCUAGCAUAG